AUGGGCUCAGCUCAGCCAGCUCGACGAUAUCCGAUGGGAGGUCAGCAGGAUCCGAACGCUGAACUUUUGGCUGCAAUCAAAGACGUCGUUGCCAAGUUCAAGGCGUCAUUGGACGAGACUGGUCUUGACCAGGACGUCCGGCUAAUGGGAAAUCAGCUAAGGAACACCUGGCAGCAACUCAGGACAGGAGUCGAUCGUGGACUUCGCGCCAUAAAGCAGAGCGCAGAGAAUUCUCUGGCUGAGGCGAAUUUAGGACCAAUGAAUGAACAGUUGGGACGGAUGUUUGAGAAGGCCGCCGAUGACGUGAAUCAAUCUCAAUACAAGAGACCCCAAUAA